UAUUGCCUCCGCUUAUAGUAAGGAGGCAGGAGCUAUUAACUAUUAAGAAGAAGAAGAAGGUUGGAAAACACAUCAAGAAUAAAAAUAUCAGUGUGAUAGAUAGUGGAUAAUCUCACUUUUGGAAUUUUAAAAAUAUUGCAUAUGCAGUUAUAUCCAAGCAUUGAAUACAAUGUUCCGAAUACAUCAUUUCAUUAAUAUAGCCUCGCGUGUCGUUGCCGUUAAAAGAAAUGGUGCAAGAUUCUUAAAUACGGUGAAUAUAUUCUUAAAAUAUAUUCUUAAAAUGAGAGAGACAAUCCAACAACCGUUGGGUAUGAAUUCCAAUGAGUUACCAUAUGCUCACGUUUGCCAAGUUGGCGAUCCUGUCUUGCGCGGUCAUGUCAUGAAGAUAGAACCUGAAGUUAUAAGAAUGGCAGACUUUCAAAAGAUAAUUACACAUUUGAUAAACGUUAUGCGAGUACAUCAGGCGUACGGUUUAGCUGGGCCUCAAAUCGGACUUCCCUGGCAAAUAUUUGCCAUCGAAUGCACGGAGGAGACUAUGGAGGAAGUCGGAAAGACUGUUAGGGAGACUCACGAAAUGAACGUCAUCCCGAUGACGAUUUUUAUCAAUCCUGAAUUAAAAGUUAUAGACUAUACACCCAUUACCCUUUACGAGGGAUGUGAAAGUAUUAAAGGAUAUAAUGCUGCUGUGCCGAGAGCCUACGAAGUGGAAAUUAAGGCAUUGAACGCUUCCGGCGAACAGUUCACGUGGAGAGCAUGUGGAUGGUCUGCUAGAAUAGCACAACAUGAAUACGAUCAUUUACAAGGAAAGCUGUACAUAGACAAAAUGGACGUAAGGACAUUUCAUUGUACGGCUUGGGAUGAAAUUAAUAAAAAUAAGGGCAAAAUGUACUUAAGUUAUUUGCCGACGAAGUAUUGAUUUGUGUAUGACACAUAUGAAUUAAUAUUUACAUUGAUUGAAAUA